AUGUGCUCUACCGAUGUGACAGUGGUUUUGGUGUCUUGGGACUUCCUGUGGAUCAUAUUCAACAUUUCAGCUUGUUACCCGCCGCUAGAUGAAGCUUGUAUAUGGCGCCAAACAAGAGGCACCGCCACUGAAACUUUAGGAGCCGAGAACAAAGCUAAAUCCACAGAGAAGGUUCAGUUACAAUUUACAAAUUUGCCCUUCCGUUUUCUUAAAUAUUUUAUUAAUCCAAUAUUAUCAUAUCUGUCAUAUCGUGUAUGUAUGUUUUGGGAUCCAUGUGAUCAAAAUUUUCGUGGUGCUCCAACAAUUUUGCCAGUUGUGCAAUUUGCGGGGCAGCAUCCUGGUGGGCUUGGAGUUCUUGUUGUUGGCAUGGCGUUCCCUGGCUACGUUACUUAG